UUCCGUGCCCCAAAGCGAGGCUAGGAGGGAUGCAAUGGUAGAUAGAGAUGGCGUGCCCUGAUGGAAAGAUGUGUGCUGACUACACUGUGCACAGUGCGUGCUCCGUGCCAGGAUGCUACAACAGCGGCUACAGGAGCCCCGAGCUGCAUUUCCACGCCUUUCCAGCCCACCCGACCCGGAGAUCACAGUGGAUCGCGGCUACAAAGAGAGAUUCAGGACCGGCGUUUCAGAUAAAAAAAGGAAGCACGUAUGUGUGCUCGGCUCAUUUCAAACCAGAGGAUUACAAAUGGACCCCGGUCCGAAAGUCACUGAAGGCUGAUGCCGUGCCGCGGAUUUUCACCCACUGCGCGGGCUGGGAGGACUUGCACUCCGGGCAGCAAACUUCAGACACAAAACCGAUCCCCAGCAUGGCUGACUGUGCCACACAGCAGCUCCUGUCUGUUCCCUGGCUGAGCCCCGACGUCAAACAGGAGCCCCCCGAAACGCCCCCCCUUCUCCUCCUGAAAGAGGAGCCCCCGGAAGAGACCCCCAUCUCCUCCGUGAAGACUGAGUUUGAAGAUGGGGAUGACGGGGGUCCAGGGGAAGCAGUCCACACGCAGCAGGACGAGCGGAGCGACGCUGGAGACCCCUCUCCCGGAGUCGAGGACUCUGCAGUGAAGCCUCAGCCCCACCGCUGCUCCGACUGCGUCCUCUCCUUCGGCACGGCGUUCCAGCUCACGGAGCACCGGCGGCUGCACACCGGGGAGCGACCCUACAAGUGCGUUCAGUGCGGCAAGAUGUUCUGCCACCUGGCCAACUACCAGCAGCACCUGGAGCGCCACGACCAGGAGCCCAAGAGCCCGAGCCCACGCCUCUGCCCGGCGUGCGGAGACACCCUCCCCCCCCACCACAGCCUGGAGCACCACCUGGCCACGCACUGCCAGCCCCACAAGUGCGCGGGCUGCAAGAGUGGCUUCUCCACCCUGGAGGGCUACCAGAAGCACCUGCGCCGCUACGGGGACCACCGACGGCACAAGUGCCCGGACUGCGGCCGUGGGUUCAAGAAGAGGACCUACAUGGUGAAGCACCAGCUGCGCUGCCCCAAGAGGGAGCCUCCCGGGGGAGUGGUGCCGCGGCGAGCGGCUGGCAGAGGGAGCCCCCUGCCCAGGAAAGAGCCCCCGAGAUGCCCCGGCUGCAACCGCAGCUUCAGCAGCCCCGGGGUGUUCAGGAGGCACCGUUGCAACCCCUUCAAGAUUCACUGCUACGCCUGCGGAAGCUACUUCGGCUGCUACAGGCAGUACGAGAGCCACAAGCGAGGGGGGGAGGCGGGGGAGGCAGGGGGCUGCCCCGGGAACAGCGAGGAGGUCCUGCGGAGGAAUGCCUGCCCCCGCUGCGGCUCAGCCAGCCACACGUUCCAGGGCGCUGACCCCCGGCUCUGGGCUGUGGCGGGCGGGCUGGCCACUUGCAGGCUGUGCAGGAAGGGCUUUCGCUUCCCCUGCCAGCUGGAGCCUCAUCACAGGAUGCAUGAGAGCAAGCAGGAGGAGGAGGGCGGACCCCAGGGAAAGAGCAAGGGGAUCGGGGCAGAGCGAGAGAGGAAGGGAGCAGAUUCGGAGGGGGAGGAGGAUGGGGUCAGCUCAGAGGGGUGGAGGGCCAGCCUGGAGGCAGCUGUGCUGGUGGGAGGGGAGGAGAACGGGGUCGACUCAGAGGGAGAGGAGUGGAGGGCCAGCCUGGAGGCAGCUGUGCUGGAGGGAGGGGAGGAGAACUGGGUCGGCUCAGAGGGAGAGGGGCAGCGGGAGGGCGGCUCAGAGGGAGAGGGGCAGCGGGAGGGCGGUUUGGAGGAGGAGGAGGAGGGGCUGCUGAAAUGCUUUGACUGUGGACAGCUUUUUGGCGAUGCUGAGAUUCUCCAUGAACACUACAUGCAGCACGCGAGGGGGGAGCUCUGA